GAGACGUCACCGCGGCCGCCCCGCGGGCGCCGCCAUGUUGGGGGUCCUCGCCGCGGCCGCGUAGGUGUCUUCAUAAGAUGCCGGCUCGGCGGCGCCCGGCUUUCUCCCCCCAAAAUGGCGUCCAUGCGGGAGAGCGACACGGGCCUGUGGCUGCACAACAAGCUGGGGGCCACCGACGAGCUAUGGGCGCCGCCCAGCAUCGCGUCCCUGCUCACCACCGCGGUCAUCGACAACAUCCGCCUCUGCUUCCACGGCCUCUCCUCGGCCGUGAAGCUCAAGCUGCUGCUCGGGACGCUGCACCUCCCGCGCCGCACCGUGGACGAGAUGAGGGGCGCCCUGGCAGAGAUUAUCCAGCUGGCUACCCUGGACUCGGACCCCUGGGUUCUCAUGGUAGCUGACAUCCUGAAGUCCUUUCCCGACACAGGCUCGCUUAACCUUGACCUCGAAGAGCAGAAUCCCAACGUUCAAGACAUUUUAGGAGAACUUAGAGAAAAGGUGAACGAGUGUGAGGCGUCCGCCAUGCUGCCCCUGGAGUGCCGGUACCUGAACAAAAGUGCCCUGACCACUCUCGCCGGGCCUCUCACGCCCCCGGUGAAACACUUCCAGUUGAAGAGGAAGCCGAAGAGCGCCACGCUGAGGGCAGAGCUGCUGCAGAAAUCCACUGAGACAGCCCAGCAGCUGAAGAGGAGCGCAGGGGUGCCCUUUCACGCCAAAGGUCGGGGCCUGCUCCGGAAAAUGGACACCACAACCCCACUCAAAGGCAUCCCGAAGCAGGCACCCUUCCGAAGCCCCACCACCCCCAGUGUCUUCAGUCCUGCCGGGAACCGGACACCCAUCCCGCCUUCGAGGACUCCUCUGCGGAAGGAGAGGGGCGUGAAGCUGCUUGACAUCUCUGAGCUAGAUAUGGUGGGUGCCGGCCGGGAGGCGAAGAGGAGGAGGAAGACGCUGGAUGCGGAGGUGGUGGAAAAGACAGCCAAGGAGGAGACCAUCGUGGAGAACGCCACCCCGGAUUACGCAGCUGGCCUGGUGUCCACACAGAAACUUGGGUCCUUGAACAGUGAGCCCGCAUUGCCCUCCACAAGCUACCUGCCUGCCACACCCAGCGCGGUCCCGGCCUCGUCCUACGUCCCCAGCUCUGAGACCCCGGCAGCACCGUCCUCUCGGGAAGCGGGUCUGCAGGCCAGCCGGCCGCCUGAGGAGCCCAGCACUCCCAGCCCCGCGCUGCCAGCACAGUUCAAGCAGAGGGCCCCCAUGUACAACAGCGGCCCCAGCCCUGCCGCCUCUGCGCCUUCAACGCCCACCUCCCCCCUGACGCCCACCACACCCCCAGCUGUCACCCCGACUGCCCAGACACCUCCAGUGGCCAUGGUGGCCCCGCAGACCCAGCCCCCUGCCCAGCAGCAGCCCAAGAAGAACCUGUCCCUCACGAGGGAGCAGAUGUUCGCCGCGCAGGAGAUGUUCAAAACAGCCAACAAAGUUACGCGGCCUGAGAAGGCCCUCAUCCUGGGCUUCAUGGCUGGCUCCCGAGAGAACCCGUGCCAGGAGCAGGGUGACGUGAUCCAGAUCAAGCUGAGCGAGCACACAGAAGACCUGCCCAAGUCAGACGGCCAGGGGAGUACCACAAUGCUGGUGGACACCGUGUUCGAGAUGAACUACGCCACAGGCCAGUGGACACGCUUCAAGAAGUACAAGCCCAUGGCCAACGUGUCCUAGAGGCCCCCCGCACACCCACCUUCACCGUGGGGCUCUGAGGGACAGCCGGCGACUGCUGCCGAGCCCCAGCCCAUGGAAGCUUUUAGGUUCAUUUCUCGGGGGUGUUGUGGACUUAUUUUUUAAAUUUUAAUAUGGGUUACCUUUUGUGUGAUUUCAGAUACUUUUUUGGAUUCAAUAUUACAUUUUUGAAUGUUAAAGUUAACCAAAAAAGUUGUAACUUCCUAAUUUUAGCAACAGCUCUGCCAGUUAGACUUUUAUCUUUUUUUUUAUUUUUUCUUAAAUUCCAAGGACCAUGAGGGAGGGCUCUUCCUUGCUAGCGUGAUGCUCUCUCCGCCCUGCAAGGUUGAGGUGACCAAAGUGAGGCCCAGUGCAGUUGAGAACGGGGUGGGGACGGCCCGCCACGUGCCCAGAGCGGGGACGCCGGGCCACACGCUCUACGUGCAGGUUUUCUAUUUGUCUUUUGUACGGUUGUGAGCAUUGAGACCAGUCUUCUGGUUCCUGUUUUCAUUGUACAAUCUGAGUAAUUAAAGUAUAGCUUUUCUAAAGAAA